GGUCAGUGUUUUUCACUUUACAACAAAAAAUGAGCAUCGAUUUCUAGAGAGGCCAGUUGCUGAACGCCGGGUGGUCCAAUUAAUUCCGGGGGUUGCAUGGCAGGGAGCGAGAGAGUGAGAGCGAGAGCGCACUCUCGUCGCUCUGCCUGCCUCCCACACCCCCCACGAUUUCUUCAUGAGAAGAGUUGUCGUCAGCCUUAAAAUUGUUUCUGCCUGAAUAAGCGGCAGUCUAAGCAUUUGAAUUACUACUUGGUACUGCUAACUAUGCUAUCAGUUGCUUUCCGUGAUAUCGUAUAAUUCACAAAAAUCAACAUGCAAUCUGGAUCACAGCCCGAUGUUGACCAGAAUGGCAGAUCUCAACAUAAUUGCAGAGAUCCUGCUGAAGAAGAUCAGCCACAUUUUGUAUGCGGAGUGGUCGAAGGCUUCUAUGGCAGGCCUUGGACCCUUGAGCAACGAAAACACUUAUUCGCAAGACUCAGUAAUCUUGGUCUCAAUACUUACGUUUAUGCUCCUAAGGACGACCUUAAACAUCGGCCACAAUGGCGAAUACCAUAUAAUGAUGAGGAAGCAGCAAUCCUCAAAAGUCUCAUUGAGUCGGCAAAGGCCAACAAUGUAACGUUUGUCUAUUCACUUUCUCCGGGCAUCGAUAUCGAGUAUUCGAGUACUGAAGAGCGAAUCUGCAUUAAGAGCAAGCUUGAUCAGGUUCGAAUGCUCGGAUGUGAAUCUUUCGCUCUUCUUUUCGAUGAUAUCGAAUGUGAGAUGAGUGAAACAGAUCGGCAAAGUUUUAGUAGUUUUGUUGCUGCUCAGGUCGCCGUAACCAACGAAGUUUACGAGUACUUGGGCCGACCGCAGUUCUUCUUCUGUCCUACUGAAUAUUGCGAAAGUCGCGCAAUUCCAUGUCUGGAACAAUCCGAAUAUCUUCUUACGCUAGGAAGAGAUUUGGUUAAAGAUGUACAUAUUUUGUGGACAGGUCCUCGUGUUAUAUCUCGCCGAAUUACUGUAGAACAUGCACGGAACGUAGCAAAAGUCAUUGGUAGAAAACCUACAAUCUGGGAUAACCUACAUGCCAAUGACUACGAUCAAAAACGUGUCUUUAUGGGUGAAUUUUCAGGUCGACCUGUUGCGCUCAAAAAAGAGCUUGCCGGAUUAUUGAUGAAUCCAAGCUGUAAAUAUGAGCUGAAUUUUGUUCCGCUGCAUACCUAUGCUGACUGGGUUGCCAGUGAGAAGGGUGUGCCAUUCAAUGAUGCGAAUGAUGACCAAGAGAGUGGAUCUACGGAUAGCUCCAAUACAUCAUUUUCACCUCGAAUCUACAAUCCCAAGCACUCAUUGAAAAAGGCCAUAAAGCUUUGGGCUGAUGAGUUCAACUGCGCCAGCAACAGAACUGUACCACCGAUACCUCGGCCUGAUGUCAAUAAAGAUUCUCAAGACAGUGCUAACGACGCAAAACCAACUAAUGACCAGAUGCCUACUCAAGAUUCAUCAACACAGCUGGAGGAUAUGCUGAAGUCUGUUGUCAUACCAUCGCCGAAGUUUCAGCCAAUCGACGAUGAGCCUACAGUGAACUCUCUGACCGCUGACUAUGGCGAGCCUAUGGAAACGUCAGCGACUGCAUCAAAAAAGGACGAAAUCGUCGAUGUGGACGACAGCACGGUCGAUUCAGCUGAUGUGGUCAUGACAGAAUUGGAUGGACUGCGAUCCGCUGACCCGAAUGAGAUUUCCAUGCUAGUAGACAUGUUCUAUCUACCAUUCGAGUGCGGCAAGCGUGCUAUGAACCUUUUGGAGCAGUUUUCGUGGCUCUGUGCAAACGCUAUAGUUAUGCGUGGGAAUGGUGCACCUGAAGAUACCCUGCCUGUAACUCAAGAUGAGUGGCGGAGACGGUUGAAAGUAUUCCAGGACAGUGUUCAAAUUGUAAAUAAUUUCUUCAGAUAUAUCGUGGAUUGCCCCAACAAGCCUCUUGUGUCUGAACUUAUUCCGUAUAUAUGGGAUGCGCAUGGUAGUUGCGCCAUCUUGCUAGGAAUAGCGCGAUGGAUGAAUGAAGGAUAUUUGACUGCUAGACCAGAUGGACAGUUGCGAUCGUGGGCUAGCGAUCGAGAAGAUGAACCGUGGAUGAUAAAUGGAGGAUUUCUCUCCGAAUGUGCUAGACUCAUAGCUUCGGAAGGGCCUCUUCUGAAUAUGUUUGGCAAUCGAGUACUGUUACCUCUCUCAAUUGUCAACUACCUUAUUCGUCCAUACACUGCCGAUGAUCUGGAUAAUCUUGCCAGCCUUGCAAUAACAAACAUUGAAAAACCAAGCAACCCAUAUGUGCUGCAGAAAGAGGCAUUUCUAGAUAGAUUCUUCUUACCCUUCUUGGAUGCUAAUCCUCGACACUGUUUUUUGGCACAGGAAGUUGUAGGGUCCGGAGAUGUCAAGAUUAUAAGUGCGGUAUCUGCCUAUCCCAAUGCUAGGACUUUAUUCGGGAAGAUGCCGGAAUACAUUGCGUCAUUGAAAGCAAAGUAUACCGAACGAGGAGAGGGUAAAAUAGAGGCUGAGGAGAUCGAUCGAUGGUUCCCCAUCAUUCCUGAUGAGAUUCUUGCCUUAUACCCUGCCUUCAUGGAUGCGCGUCUACUUAUGGAUGCGUACGAUGCCGUACCAACAAAGAAGCUUGUACAUACUGCUGCCAGUACCCUGUACAUGAAUGGCUGUGCCGGGAUUUGCGUUGCGAUCCCGAUGAUCUGCGAAGACCACAUAACUUUCUUCUCCAGGAUCGGAUUUGCUGAGUUGGGCAAGUCAACCGAUGAACGGUUUUUGAUCUUAGGACAUUCACUAACUGCAGAUGUAGUGUUCACAGAGUGAUACAAACGAUUCAUUAAUUUUUGUACACCUCAAGUUUAACCCAGUUUAAUCUUGUACUAUUUGUAUGUAUAACGAAAUACGUCAUGACAUUGUCAUACAGCACUUAUUUCCAUUCUGCCGGUGAUAAACACUUUCUGUGGGUACCGUGAAUCUAGUAACUGUGCUUCGCUUUUAUUGUAAGAACGAGAUUUCUAUGUAUGAUGUACCAUAUUUUUUUUUAUUUUUUGUAUCCCACCCCUUCACUGCUUUCAGUGUCAUUUUGCCCAUAUG